AUGGCCUCCGAUGAAGAAGACUACUACCUCCCCCCGGAGCAAGUCCGCCCCUUCACCUCGGGAGUCCGUCGCAAACGCGUACAAUUCGUUCGCUCCUCCGAUCUAGACACAACCACCGCAACCCCAACCCCGUCUUCCUCCUCCGGAACCAGCAUCGCGGACAAAUACCUCUCUAUCGUAAUGAAACAAGCCCCAAGUACAUCACCGAGUACACCAACCCAGCGACCCCCAUCACCCACCAUCCGCACCCAGUCCGCCCCACCCACAGACACAACAGUCGCCUCUCCCCCAGCAUCUGCGUCACAGCCGGACUCCGUCCAGAACCCGCAACAGCAGACACUACAACCGCUACAAUACAAAAACCCCGCCCCCACGAAGCAUCCCUCGCCCACCAACUCUGCCUCACCCACUCCCACCCCCCCCUCCCACUUGGACCGCACGCGCGCCGGUCUGCGGUAUCUAUCCACCUACGGCUGGGAUCCAGAUAGCAGGCUCGGACUCGGUGCAGCGGGUCGAGAGGGGAUUCGAGAACCGAUUAAGCCGCGCGUCAAGCACGAUACGGCUGGUCUGGGCACUGGGCUUGAUGCGGAUGGGGAUCGGUUGCCGGCUAGGGCGCCGCCGAAGCCGAAGGUGCAGAAGCUUAAUGCUAAGCAGGUGCGGAAUCGGGUUGCGGAGGAGAGGAGGAGGGCGGAGAGGUUGAGGAAGGUUUUUUAUCAGAGUGAUGAGGUUUUGAGGUAUCUUGGGGAGGGGGUUUAG